AUGUAUUACAAGUUCAGUGGUUUCACACAGAAACUGGCAGUAUCAUGGGCUUCUGCUGCCUACAGCCCGCAGGGUUUAAAGCCUGUGGUUUCCAAAGAAGCACCGCCUAUCAUAUUUGCCACGCCAACUAAGCUGACUUCCAAUCCUGCAUAUGAUUAUACUAGGAAAAAUAAUGUUCCAGAACUGCAAAGGUUUUUCCAGAAAUCCGAUGGUGUGCCCGUCCACCUCAAGCGAGGCCUGCCGGACCAGAUGCUUUACCGAACCACCAUGGCCCUGACACUGGGGGGCACCAUCUACUGCCUCAUCGCUCUCUACCUGGCCUCGCAGCCGCGGAACAAAUGA